AUGGUUUCAAAGAAUUUAUCAAAUCAUAAUUCUCUACAAAUUGAAAUAGUUGAUGAUGAUAGAGAAAAGUCUUCAAAAAAUGAGAGUACUAAAACAUAUCAUAUUUUGGUUAAUAAAUACACUAAGUAG